UGGCCGCUGGUUCUGCGCCGGAUUCGGCACGGGGGCGGCCGCCAUUGUGCUCUGCUGCGAACGGCUGUGCUUUCGGUCCAGACGCCCAGAACUCGGAAAAGGAAGACGGCGGUGUGACCACAGUUAGGAGGGACGCGCCCUGCUCGGUGCCAGCCAGGGAAACUUUUAGAAUGGAGUCUAAACCUUCCAGGAUUCCAAGAAGAAUUUCUGUUCAACCUUCCAGCUCCCUAAGUGCUAGAGUGAUGUCUGGAAGCAGAGGAAGUAGUUUAAAUGAUACCUACCAUUCCAGAGACUCUUCAUUUAGGCUGGAUUCUGAAUAUCAGUCAGCAUCGGCAUCAGCAUCACCAUUUCAGUCUACAUGGUAUAGUGAAUCUGAAAUAACUCAGGGAGCUCGCUCAAGAUCACAGAACCAGCAAAGGGAUCAUGAUUCAAAAAGACCUAAACUUUCCUGUACAAAUUGUACAUCUACCUCAGCUUCAAGAAAUGUUGGAAAUGGACUGAAUUCUGUAUCAGAUUCUUCUUGGAGACAUAGUCAAGUUCCCAGAUCUUCAUCAAUGGUACUUGGCUCAUUUGGAACAGACUUAAUGAGAGAGAGGAGAGAUUUGGAGAGAACAGAUUCCUCCCUUAGUAAUCUUAUGGAUUAUAGUCACCGAAGUGGUGAUUUCCCAACUUCAUCAUAUGUUCAAGACAGAGUUCAUUCUUCAUAUUCACAGGGAGCAAGACCAAAAGAGAACUCUGUAAGCACUUUACAAUUGAAUACAUCAUCCACAAGCCACCAAUUGCCUUCUGAACGUCAUACAAUACCAAGUUCUAGGGACUCUAGCAGAAAUUCUUUAAGGUCACAUUUUUUCCCAAGAGAAUCAGAGUCUCUUCGAAGCAGUACUACACAUCCUGGAUUUUCUUAUAUUUCAAGUAGAGAUCAGACCCCCCCAACAAUAAGCAAUUCAGAAAGGAUUGGCUCCUCUCAAAGAUCAUUUCCAGAGUCUUCUGAUAAUGAAGGUAGGCGUACAACAAGGAGAUUGCUGUCACGUAUAGCUUCUAGCAUGUCAUCUACUUUUUUUCCCAGAAGAUCUAGUCAGGAUUCCUUGAAUGCAAGACCAUUGAGUUCUGAAAAUUCUUACAUUUCUCCAAGAAUCUUGACAUCUUCACAGUCUCGGAGUAAUGCAGCAUCAGCUUCUGAAGCUAAUGAUAAUAGGGCAUCUGAAGCUUCUCAGGGAUUUCGAUUUCUUAGGCGAAGAUGGGGUUUGUCCUCUCUUAGCCAAAAUCAUAGCUCUGAGCCAGAUUCAGAAAGCUUCAGCCAAGAAUCUGAAGGAAGAAAUACAGGACCAUGGUUAUCUUCCUCACUUAGAAAUAGAUGCACACCUUUAUUCUCUAGAAGGAGACGAGAGGGAAGAGAUGAAUCUUCAAGGAUACCUACCUCUGAUAUACCAUCUAGAUCUCAUAUUUUUAGAAGAGAAGCAAAUGAAAUAGUUCACCUUGAAACACCAAGUGAUCCACUUGGGGCUGCUGCCAACAGACCACAACCAUCUGGAGCAUCAAAUAAUGCCUCUGUAGGUGGUUCCACAUCAGAUUUGCCUCAUGGUGGAAGAAAUACAGGAAUAACAGGAAUUCUUCCUGGUUCCUUGUUCCGAUUUGCUGUCCCUCCAGCACUUGGAAGUAAUUUGGCCGACAAUGUCAUGAUCACUGUAGACAUUAUUCCUUCAGGUUGGAAUUCAGCUGAUGGAAAAGGUGAUAAAAGUAAAAGUGCACCUUCAAGAGAUCCAGAAAGACUGCAGAAAAUAAAAGAGAGCCUCCUUUUAGAGGAUUCUGAAGAGGAAGAAGGUGACUUAUGUAGAAUCUGUCAAAUGGCAGCAGCAUCAUCAUCUAAUUUGCUGAUAGAGCCAUGCAAGUGCACAGGAAGUUUGCAGUAUGUCCACCAAGAGUGUAUGAAAAAGUGGUUACAGGCCAAAAUCAAUUCUGGUUCUUCAUUAGAGGCUGUAACCACCUGUGAACUCUGUAAAGAAAAGUUGCAGCUUAACCUGGAGGAUUUUGAUAUUCAUGAACUACAUAGAGCUCAUGCAAAUGAACAAGCUGAAUAUGAGUUUAUCAGCUCUGGUCUCUACCUAGUUGUGUUACUGCAUUUGUGUGAACAAAGCUUUUCUGAUAUGAUGGGAAAUACGAAUGAACCAAGCACACGUGUCCGAUUUAUUAACCUUGCAAGAACUCUUCAGGCACAUAUGGAAGAUCUCGAAAGUAGGUGGAAUUCCCCUCCCCAGACUUGUUUAAUAUACUUUUGCAAAUUAAACCCACAGAACAAAAUCUAACGGUAAUAAGCCAGAUUCUACUCAGCUUCAGAGGAUGAUUCUGAAGAAGAUGGAGACCAUAACAGAACAUAUGAUAUUGCCUAACUUCAUUUAAGACAAAUGGAUGAUCUGUGAACAAGUGUUUAUUAAAACUGGCAAUUAAGUGUGAAAUAAUUUUGUGGGGAAUGCCUAUUAAAUAUAUUGACUUAUAUAAAAUGAAUAUAUAUAUACAUACAUGUAUCCAUGUAGAUAUAUAUUCAUUCUCAAGUGUUGCUGAAUUAAAAUUCUGCUGGACCCUCUCAAUAUUGGCCAGCAAAUCUGAUGUUUAUAAUAUGGUAAUCAAAAGCAAUUUUUCUUUAGGUGAGUGGGAAAGCAUUAUCUUUGAUUUAAAUACCUAAGCACUGUCCAUCAACCUCUAUUGUGUUCUGAUUACUGUAGUCAUAUUUAUGGGGGGGAAAGUUUGUAUUUUAGUCUCUUGCUAGUGAGAAAGGUGGGACAAAAUAUACUUUUGAAAUGAAAUGCCAAAUGGCAUCUAAUGAGUUUUUUUUAAUGUCUUAAAGUUGUAGCCACAUUUGCAUAAUCACUUCCAGUGUUCUUUAAAAAAAAACUUUCAAAGAAUGGGGAGAAGUUUAUGAAAAACAUUAGGUUUCCAAAUUUAGUUUCAAUUCUAAAUUCAUUUAACUUUAAAACAUAAUUUUAAAAAACGUAUAUAAAACAUAGAAAUGAUGGAUAAAUUUUAUAUUGAUUUGCAAAAUGCAGAUUAUAUUUGAUAGUCCAUGAUAGGUAUUCCUUUUUGGGAUAUUUAUAGCUGUAAGUUAUAUUAGAAUUGCCAGUCAAAUAAUAAUUUGGUUUAAAAAAGUACUGCAAUCUCAAGUUAGUGGAAUAUUUUUAAAUCCCACCUUCAAAGUUUAAAACACUGGUUUUCAAUGUACUUUUUAGUGUUGUCACUUCUUUAUAGAUAAAUAUGAUUAAAAAAUAACCUGUUUGGAUCUUGGUCAUUUUUAACUGUUCCUUGGUAAUUCUGGGCAUUUAUUUGAUGAUUACUUGUAUUUUUCACUACCUUCGGAAUACAGAUGAACAUUACCUUUUCAACAUGAAUGUGUCUGCACUGUGGUUAUAAGUUGUUUGUAUUUUCAUAACAUUGUAUUUUUCCUUGUCAACACCCUGGUAUAAAUGGUUACAAAACAUGCAAUUGGUUUCAAAAAUAAAGUAUGAUGUUAUGGCAACAACUUUUUCAAAACAUGCCUAGAAACCAUGUUAUUUCUCAAAUGUGAAUGAACAGUUUGCCCACACUUAGUUUGUUGCUCUUCUGUAAAAUCUUGGCUUGAAAUAAAGUGCAUAUUGAUUGA